AUGAGCACAUCUGGAAAUAAGGAUUUCCGCGAUCAGCUGGGAAAAUUCCGCUUGGAUUCGAUUAAUACUUAUACCCCAACCUGGCCUCAAGCACCUCCUGUUCAUCAUGAGUCUAUAGAUGUCUCGAGCCAUACUCGCAGUAAACGAGUAUCAACAGCCUGUGACUUUUGUCGCAAAAGGAAGAAGAAAUGUGACUUUCGAUACCCCAAUUGUUCCGCCUGCACCCGUGCCGGAGUCCGAUGCACCAUACCCCCACCCGGUCCUCAAAUCGCUAGCGCCUCUGUUCCCCGAGAUCAACUGGAGAAUCUGCAGAAACGAGUAAGAUGGCUAGAGGAGGUCGUACGCCGCAAGUCCGGCCUCUCUGUGGCGGAAUUGCCGACGGGGACACCAGUCGACAGCGAGGGAGAUCCGGAUUGGUGGUAUCAGGUACCCGCUAUGAUUGCGACCGUGGGUAAUCGUCCUACCUCAAUGCCGAGCCCUGCCGACAGUGGUGGUUCUUCUGUGACGGCAGGACCCUCGCAGGCAUCAACGGGAGUAGGCACCGAACUCCCUAACAUCGGCGAGAUCUUUCGCGAUCAGCUGGAGCAUCGCCGGCCGUCGGUCGCACGACCUUCCUCCGCGCCGAGAAUCAUGCGAUUGUCGUCGUUAGAGGAAGCGGAAAGGCUAGCCGGACAAUAUUUCGAUAGUGUGGGAUACCAAUACCCCUUCUUGUCUCGACCGGAGUUUAUGGCCAACCUGCGACAUAUCUAUACUGGUGGUGUUCCGUCGCCAGAAAUGCAUUACUCUUAUCACAUCAUCAUCGCCAUUUCGCUUCUGAUUGGGUCUGCGAACCCGAACCAGGCAGCUGAAUUUUACCAUGCCAGCCAGGAGACGCUCCCACUGGCACUGCAAAAUGAAGACUUGCCGGCAGUGCGGGCACUGCUGGGAUUGGCCUUGUAUACCAUGUUUGCGACGGCUGGCCCCAGCAUUUGGCACGUAUUGGGUGCGGCAAUGAGAUUGUCGAUUAGUAUGGGUUUGCACAAAACACGUUCGUAUCCUAGCAUUGCCGAGGAAGAGAUGGCCAAGCGUGCUUUUUGGAGUCUUUACAACCUGGAUCGCCUCAUCGCUAGCACCUUGGGUCGGCCACUUGGGAUUGCCGACGACGAUAUUAGCGUGGGUCUUCUGCGGGAACUCAAUGACGAUGAAACCGAAGCACCUGGCGCCAGCACGAUGACGAUUCCCUUGCAGGUGACGCGUCUGCGGCGGAUUUUUUCGCGCAUCUAUCAAUACUUAUAUAGCAGCCUGCCACGACUAUCACCCCAAGAAGCGACCGCCACGCUGGAUCGAUUCCGCCAUGAGGUUGAUGACUGGCGCAUGACGGCCCCAGUAUAUCCAUCCGCACUUCUCUACUCGACCUCUUAUUACGAUUAUCUCUAUUACACAACCCUUCUCUUGAUGUACCGCCCCAGCCCUCGUAAUCCGACUCCUGACACAACCAGUAUCAUUAGCUGUGGCGAAUCUAGUAUCCAAGUCAUUCUAUCAUAUUGGGACAGCUAUUCGGCCGGCAAGCUGAAAUGGAUCUGGUUAACACUGAGUCAAGUUUACUUCGCGGGUAUCACCAUUCUGUGGUGCCUUGAGCAGAAUGCGCGCUCGUCACGCGAGUCUCAGCCUGCGCCUUGGCACCCCGAAGAACAGAAGAUACGACGUGGUAUUCAGGCUGUUGUUGUACUCCUGGAUGAAUUCGGCAAGCGCCGGCCUGGGGUGGACCGGUUGGCAGAGACAUUCCGACACCAGACCACCGUGAUCUUCAGCCAAAUGGCUUAUCAGCAACAGCAAUUAGAACAGCAGCCACAUCACCAUUACCCACGACAUCAACCGCAACUACACCCACCGCCUCCACCACCUGCACUCCUUCCACCACAUCCACUGUCUUUGGCCGCACCCCCUCCGCUUCCAGUCCCACUCGCUCCCGUUCUCGACGACGUGUUACUCGUGGAUGGUAGUGGGACUGUCCCGAUUAUCGAUCCACAGAUGGCGGAACAACUCUUCUACUCCUAUAAUUGGUUCCAAGAGGAGAUGGCAUCCUACUAUACUCUUUGA